GCCGCCGCCGACUUUCCACGCACCUGCACCUGCGCAGCCCUCCAAGGCACUGUUUUAGAGGAAGGACUCCUGAGGCGUCCAGGGAUUCUUUUUGCACCCAGCUUUCUUUUUUUCGGAAGGUCGAUGUUCUCCGUGUAAAUGCGACACUUCUCUUAAAUGGGAUACGUGGAACUUUGCUCCCAGUCAGCCCGGAACCACAAGUCGGGAGCACAGCGUUUCCUCAUUGACCUCCUUAGCGAUCACUUCCGCCUAGGGGCCUAGAAUACCUGAGACCCUUCGGCGGCGAACGACUGGCAAGGCACUUCCGGUCUGUUGCUAAGGCGCGGGCCCUGUGGGCGGUAGAGGCAACUGUAUUGGCGUCGUCCUCUCCCCCCUUCCCGGGGGUCGAGAUGUCGGGGCUUAGCCACUUUGAGAUGGAGGGCUGUCGUCAUCUGCUCGGCCUGCUGGACAACGACGAGAUCAUGGCCCUAUGCGACACCGUCACCAACCGUCUAGUGCAACCUGAGGACCGCCAAGAUGCCAUUCGUGCAAUAUUAGUGUAUAGUCAAAGUGUAGACGAGCUUCUUAAGCGUAAAAAAGUCCACCGAGAAGUUAUAUUUAAGUACUUGGCAACACAGGGGAUGGUUAUACCUCCAGCAACUGAAAAACACAAUCUUAUUCAACAUGCAAAAGUUUACUGGGAAAAGCAAUCACAAUGGAAACUGAAGGAAACAACAGAGCGGGUUUCAAAGACAGAGGACAUCCGACUCUUUCAGCAGCAGGCAAAAGAAGAUAAAAAAGCUGAAAAAGUUGAUUUUCGUCGCCUAGGAGAAGAAUUCUGCCAUUGGUUCUUUGAACUUCUUAAUUCUCAGAAUCCUUUUCUGGGACCACCUCAAGAUGAAUGGGGGCCACAGCACUUCUGGCAUGAUGUCAAGCUUAGGUUUUAUUACAAUACAUCAGAACAAAAUGUGAUAGACUACCAUGGAGCGGAAAUUGUAAGCCUUCGUUUACUGUCACUAGUAAAAGAAGAAUUUCUUUUUCUCAGCCCUAACCUAGACUCCCAUGGCCUAAAAUGUGCUUCUUCUCCACAUGGGUUAGUUAUGGUUGGUGUUGCAGGCACUGUUCAUCGAGGGAACACUUGUUUGGGCAUUUUUGAACAAAUUUUUGGACUUAUCCGCUGCCCUUUUGUCUCGAAUACUUGGAAAAUCAAAUUUAUCAAUCUGAGAAUUGUUGGAGAAAGUUCCCUUGCUCCUGGAGCAUCACUGAAACCAGCUGUUAAAUUUGAACAGAGUGACCUAGAGGCCUUUUAUAAUGUAAUCACUUUGUGUGGUGACAACGAAGUAAAACUUAAUGUAAGGCAGACAUUGGAUAGUGGGACUGGAGACCAAGCCUUAUGUAGUGGAAAUGAGGCAUUGUUGGAAAAAAAGAGAAUGGAGUUUACCUAGCCAUCUAAAGCAUUGAUCUCUGUUAUGUCAGCUUACAAAGUCUUCUACAUGGAAACUUUUCCAAAUACUACAUCAGUAAUUUCUAAGUGAUUUCAGAUGUAAGGAUUGACAUAUUUUAGUUGAAAUACUUUCUGGACUGCAGACUGACACAUUAUGUGAAUACUCGCCUAUUUCUACCUGAGUUUCAUCAAAUGUUCUGAGAGCUUACUGCAGUUUAUCAAAUAAAUCCCACUUUAGAUGUUGUAUAUAACUGUGUGCCUUAGAAACCAGGUAAUAUCUUCAUUUUUCACUUAGUUUUCUACUGAUAUCCGUACUUUCCAUAUGGCAAAGGAUUAGUAGUGUUCAAACUUCCCUCUUUAAGUUUUUCUUAUAUUUUGAUCUAGGUAUGGAUAUUGGAUAUUUUCCAGAUGCAUCUCAGUACAGUAUUACUUUAAAAAAUUUCAGAUAUUUUAGAGGUUGUAAUGUCAACUCAGUGUUGUCAUUUUAGAAAACUCAAAUGACAUUCAAAAGUUCAAAAAUUUAGCAGAGGGAGAAAAAUUUAAGUAUAGGAACAGUUCUCAAAGUUGUUUGCUCUAAUCCAAGCUAAAAAUCUCUCUUAAUCUCCAACAUUUUCUGAACUAUUUUGAGCGAUGAUAAAUGACUAUUCUCAAAACAGACCUUAUUCUUACCAAGGCUUCAACCAGUAGUGUUGUAGAGUAUUUAUUAUAACACCACAUAAAGGAAAUUAAUGUUGAAAAUUUUAAGGUGUGCCUAGUUCCUAACUUAAAAAUGAAUUACUGUGUUUCCUCUUGAUCUUGGUAGAGGUGACUCCUCCCCGCAAAAAAAAAAAAAAGAACAAACAAA